AACUAAGUAACCAAACCCCUUGUUAGAUUUGUCAAUAAUCUUGGGUAUUCAUUCAUUUUUACUAAUUUGCCCCUGAUAGAUUUACCCAUCCAAUGGGAAAAAGGAGAUGGUAUUGGAGGGCAAAAUGAGAAAAAAAAAAAAACAUGAAAGUGUUAAUUUUUUAAAAACAUGAUUAGAUCGCUCCCCACCUUCUCUUUUAUUCUAACACAGGCAGUAACAGAGGCAGCAUCAUCAUCACCGUCGUCAUAAUCAAACCUAAAGAGUCAAAGCCCGAGACCCUUCUCCUCCUCCUGUUCACUCUGUACAUACCCUCAUUCUUUUCGCUUGCUACACAGAUUUUUCUCGUUCUCUUCGAAUCCUUACUUGCUUAAAGGUACGGCUUCUUGUAGUGGUUUGAUGUUGGGAGCAGUAUGCCGGUGACAGUUUGGAGAAAUGCAAAGGUAUCAUGCUCCCAGCUGCACUGGUGCAGUUAAUAAUAAUCCAAUUGGUGGGGCAUCUGUUAGGGAUAAUGGCAGGGCUGACUCGUCUUCAUUGCCAGCUAAUUUCUCUAUUAAUUCUAGGCGGCCUCCUCCACUGACUGCAUACAAGUUAAAGUGUGAUAAAGAUCCCUUGAAUUCUCGACUUGGUCCCCCCGACUUUCAUCCCCAGAUUCCAAAUUGCCCCGAGGAAACACUUACCAGGGAAUAUGUGCAGUCUGGAUACAGGGAGACAAUCGAGGGACUUGAGGAAGCUAGAGAGAUUUUACUGACUCAGGUUCAAGUCUUUACUAAGCCUAUUGUGAUAAGAUGCAGAGAGGCAAUCAGAAAAUGUCUGCGGGCCAUUAAUGAGUCUCGUGCUCAGAAGCGUAAGGCUGGUCAAGUCUAUGGUGUGCCUCUUUCUGGGUCAUUAUUAACUAAGCCUGGUGUCUUUCCUGAGCAAAGGGCUUGCAGUGAAGACUUCAAGAAGAAAUGGAUUGAGGGUUUAUCACAACCACACAAGCGAUUGCGAUCUUUGGCCGAUCAGGUGCCUCAUGGUCACAGGAGGAAAUCCCUUUUUGAAGUUCUUAUCAGGAAUAAUGUUCCAUUACUAAGAGCAACUUGGUUUAUCAAAGUAACUUACCUCAAUCAGGUUCGUCCUAGUUCUGCUAGUAUUUCAUCAGGCACACCUGAUAAAACUCAGUUGUCACGGGCAGAGGUUUGGACAAAAGAUGUUGUUGAGUACUUGCAGAUACUACUGGAUGAAUUUUUCUCCAGAAAUAAUUCCUAUUCUGCUCCGCACACUAAAGCUAGAUCGCCUCAAAUGCUAUAUGCUGGGUCAGUGCAGCACAGGAGUGAUCCUGCACCGGUGUUUAUUGAUGGUGAGGAGCCUUCCCUACAUUUUAAGUGGUGGUAUGUAGUACGGCUCUUACAUUGGCACCAUGCUGAAGGACUACUUCUUCCUUCUGUAAUUAUUGAUUGGGUUCUUAGUCAAUUGCAGGAAAAGGAUGUACUUGAGAUUUUGCAGAUGCUGUUACCGAUCAUAUAUGGUGUUUUAGAUACCAUUGUUUUAUCUCAAACUUAUGUACGCACUCUUGCGGGAAUAGUAGUUCGUUACAUUUGUGAACCUUCUCCAGGUGGAUCAGAUCUGGUAGAUAAUUCUCGAAGGGCUUAUACAACAGCUGCUCUAAUUGAGAUGCUUCGAUAUUUGAUUUUGGCUGUACCAGAUACAUUUGUUGCUUUGGAUUGCUUCCCUUUACCACCAAGCGUAUUGUCUUAUGCAGUAAAUGAUGGGGCUUUUGUGUCGAAGGUAUCUGAGGAGGCAAGAAAGACCAAAGAUAAUUCAGCUGGAGUUGUUGGUAUGUUCAGAAAUAAAGGUCUUGAUGCUCAAUACCAGUCCUUAUCCUUUGAUCAGGUUGUUUCAUCCAUCAAGAAACAGGCAGAUAAUCUAGCAAAGGCAUCUUGUCCUGGCUAUCUGGUUCAUAGUGUAGCAAAAGCUUUACAAGCAUUGGAUAAAGUGCUUUUGCAGGGAGACGUUAGAGAGGCUUAUAGUUUUCUAUUUGAAAAUUUUUGUGAUGGAGCUGUCGAUGAAGGUUGGAUCGAAGAAGUUAGUCCUCUCCUAAGAUCAUCACUGAAAUGGAUUGGAACUGUGAACUUGUCAUUUAUUUGUUCUGUAUUUUUCCUAUGUGAGUGGGCAACAUGUGACUAUAGGGAUUUUCGGGCUGCUUCACCUCUUGAUCUGAAGUUCACUGGGAAAAAGGAUUUUUCUCAGAUUAAUAUUGCAAGUCGCCUUCUUAAGUUAAAGAUGAGAGAUUUGCAAAGUAAGUCUCGACGGAAGAAUGACAAAUCCCUUGGAAUCAAUAGUCUUGCCAAAGGUCUCAGUCAGCAUAAUUAUGUUGGCAGGGUUCCUGCAGGAAAUGGGUAUGAAAAUAAGGAUAACUCAAAAAAAGUGACCAGAAAAAAUGCUAAUUCGUCAGAUUUAUUUGAGAGCCCGGGUCCUUUACAUGAUAUCAUAGUGUGUUGGAUUGAUCAACAUGAAGUUCAAAAAGGAGAAGGUUUGAAGCGUCUUCAGCUGCUGAUAGUGGAACUCAUACGAUCUGGGAUUUUUUACCCCCAUUCAUAUGUAAGGCAGCUGAUAAUUAGUGGAAUUAUGGAUACAAGUGGGCCUUUAGAUGACCAUAACAAAUGGAAGAGACAUUAUCAAAUUUUGAAACAACUGCCUGGGCUCUUCAUCCAUGAUGUUCUGGAAGAGGCAAGGAUUGCAGAAAGGUCAGAACUUUUGGAGGCCAUGCACGUUUACUCAAAUGAACGCCGUCUUCUCCUACGAGGGGUCCUUUGUGAGCAAUAUCAAAAUUCAUCCAAAUCAAAUAUAUCAAUGCAGAAGCAAAAGCAUCAUCUAACCUCUGUAAAGGAUGGUGGUUCCACAGCUUCUUUUGAUCAGUUUAAAAUUUUCCAGUCCUGUUCAGAUACUUUGACUUCUAAAAAGGUCAAGUCCAAUGCCGAUAUUGGGGAACUGAAGGCUUCCAUUUUAUUGCUGUUACAGAUUCCUAACCUGUCCACAUCUUCAGACAUGGGACUGGAUGAAUCUCAGGGGAGUGUUAAGAGGGCUGCGGAGUCAAUAUCCAACAAAAUGGAUUUAGUAGAAGGUACACCAGGGUGCGAGGAUUGUAGAAGGGCAAAGAGACAAAAGUUAAAUGAAGAAAAGAGCUUUUGUUUUCAGGGUCAUUCUCCAAUAUCAGAUGAUGAAGAUACAUGGUGGAUGCGGAAGGGGCCCAAAUCCUUAGAUUCUUCCAAAGUUGAUCUACCACAGAAGUCAUGCAAACAGGUCUCCAAGGGUAGGCAAAAGGUUGUGCGUAAAAGUCUAGCUCAGUUAACAGCUGCUAGGAUUGAGGGUAGCCAGGGAGCUUCUACAAGUCAUGUAUGUGAUAACAGGGUUGGUUGCCCUCAUCAUAGAAAUGGAACAGAAGGAGAUACUCUCAAGUCAGUGGAUGGAAUCAGAACAUUGCAUGGUGGAGAUAUUGUUUCAAUUGCAAAAGCUUUAAAGCAACUGCGUUUUCUAGAGAAGAGAUCCAUUACUGUUUGGUUGGUAACUAUUGUUAAACAGCUUGUUGAGGAGACUGAAAGGAAUGUUGCCAAGGCCAACCAGUUCGCUAGGCCUUUUGUUUCUGCUGAUGAUAGAAGCUCCAUUCGAUGGAAGCUUGGUGAGGAUGAGCUCUCUGUUGUAUUGUAUUUAAUGGAUGUUUGUAAUGAUUUAGUUUCUGCAUCCAAGUUAUUGCUUUGGUUGUUGCCGAAGGUAGUCAGCAAUCCCAGUCCUACAAUCCAUAGUGGGAGGAACAUUAUGAUGCUGCCAAGAAAUGUGGAGAACCAUGCAUGUGAAGUGGGAGAGGCAUUUUUGUUAUCAUGCCUCCGAAGGUACGAGAACAUACUUGUUGCAACAGACCUUAUUCCUGAAGUCUUGACAGCUGCAAUGCAACGUGUUGCAGCACUACUGGCUUCUGGUGGCAGGGUUUUAGGUUCAGCAGUCUUAACUUAUACUCGGCAUUUGUUGAAGAAAUAUGCCAAUGUGCCGAGUGUCUUUGAAUGGAAUAAGAGUUUCAAAUCAACUUGUGAUAAGAGACUUCUUUCUGAACUUGAACCUAGUCGAUCACUGGAUGGAGAGUUUGGAUUUUCACUUGGAGUUCCAGCAGGAGUUGAAGAUCUUGAUGAUUUUCUUCGUCAAAAGAUGAGUGGUAAUCGGAUGACUAGAGCUGGUAUCAGCAUGAAAGAUAUAGUUCAAAGGCACAUUGAUGAUUCUUUUCACUAUUUCUUUGGUAAGGAGAGAAAGUUCUUUGGUGCUGGUACACAAAAAGGUCCUGGAUAUGAAAAAUCUGAUGAUGGUUACCAGAUAGCUCAACAAAUAAUUGUGGGAUUGCUGGAUUGCUUUAGACAGACUGGCGGUGCUGCUCAAGAAGGUGACCCUUCUUUGGUCUCUUCUGCCGUAUCUGCUAUAGUCAAUAAUAUUGGACCAACUAUAGCAAAAAUGCCUGAUUUUGCAGUGGUUUAUAACCAUUCGAAUUCUUCAUCUGCUAUGGCUUCAUUAAGUAUUGCUAGACGUAUUUUGCGUAUCCAUAUAAGCUGCAUCUGUCUGCUUAAGGAAGCCCUUGGAGAACGUCAGAGCCGGGUUUUUGAGAUAGCUCUUGCAACAGAAGCCUUUUCUGCUCUUGCUACAGCUUUUGCUCCAGGAAAGGCUUCUCGAAGUCAGUUUCAACUGUCUCCUGAAGAUUCCAAUGUGAACAAUGAUAUGUUGAACAAUUCUGCAAGAUCUGGAAGGGUAACAAAAAUUGCUGCUGCAGUCUCUGCUCUUGUUGUUGGGGCUGUUAUUCAUGGUGUUACAAGCUUGGAGAGAAUGGUAAAUGUCUUCAGAUUAAAGGAAGGGUUAGAUGUAAUUCAAUUUAUAAGGAGCACAAAAUCCAAUUCAAAUGGAAACACGCGUUCUACUCCAGGUUUUAAGGUGGAUAACUCGAUUGAAGUUUAUGUGCAUUUGUUUAGGCUGCUUGUUGGGAAUUGCAGAACUUUAUUUGAUGGUUUAAUUGUGGAACUCCUGGGCGAACCAUCUAUAGUCGCUCUUUCAAGGAUGCAGCGAAUGCUCCCUCUUAGUUUGGUAUUUCCACCUGCCUAUUCUAUAUUUGCGUUUGUUAUAUGGAGACAAAUUAUUCUUAGCAAAGAUCUUGCAAACCGUGAAGACAUAAAUCAAUUGUAUCAAUCUUUGACAACGGCCAUAGGUGAUGCCAUAAAGCACCAUCCUUUUCGGGAUGUAUGCUUAAGAGACAGUCAAGGCUUUUAUGAUAUUGUAGCUGCAGAUGCCAGUGAUGCUGAGUUUGCUGCCAUGUUAAGUGGUUUGGACAUGCACUCUAAAUCUGCAGCAUUUGUUCCCCUUCGUGGAAGGCUGUUUUUAGAUGCCAUCAUUGAUUGUAAAAUGCCUGAGUCUGUGUCCACUCAGGAUAACAGCAAUCGAGUUUCUGGACUUGGUGGAUCUAAAGGGCAACAUUCAGAGAGCGAAACAAAGCUUCUGGAUAAGAUUGUGAAUGUAUUGGAUACUCUGCAACCUGCAAAGUUCCAUUGGCAGUGGGUUGAACUUAGGUUACUUUUAAAUGAACAAGCCCUUGUUGAAAAGCUUGAGGCCCAUGAUAUGUCUCUAGCAGAUGCUAUCCGUUCAUCCUCAACUGGUCCUGUAAAAGACGCUGCUUCUGAAAAUGAGAAUAAUUUCAUUGUGAUCAUCCUCACAAGAUUAUUGGUCAGACCUGAUGCUGCACCCCUUUUCUCGGAGUUGGUUCAUCUUUUUGGUAGGUCACUGGAAGAUUCAAUGCUAUUGCAGGCUAAAUGGUUCUUAGCAGGCCAAGAUGUUCUUUUGGGACGAAAAACUAUUAGACAACGUCUUAUUAAUAUUGCAGAGAGUAAAUGUCUUUCAACUAAGGCUCGGUUUUGGAAGCCAUGGGGCUGGUCAGGUUUUGAUCCUCUGACAAGCGGAGGAGAGAAAAAGAAGUUUGAGGUCACCUCCCUUGAAGAAGGGGAGGUUGUUGAAGAUGGCACAGGCACAAAAAGAUCUGGAAAAGGAUCAACUCAAAUGUUUAAUUCUGAAGGGUUCAGCAUGAGCCAACAGUACAGAACUGAAAGGGCUCUCAUUGAAUUAGUUCUUCCCUGCAUAGAUCAAGGUUCUGAUGAGUCACGCAAUACAUUUGCAAGUGAUUUGAUUAAGCAGUUGAAUAAUAUUGAGCAACAUAUAAAUACAGUUACUCGCGGUGCAAGCAAGCAGGCAGGAUCAAGUUCUUCUGGGCUGGAAGGUCCUGCAAAUAAGGGUAGCAACCGCAAAGUUAUGAGAGGUGGUAGUCCUGGAAUGAACAGACGGACAGCAGGAGCUGCUGAUUCUGCUCUGCCAUCCCCUGCAGCCUUGAGAGCUUCCAUGUCAUUGCGGUUGCAAUUAUUGCUGAGAUUGCUUCCUAUCAUAUGCGCAGAUGGGGAGCCAUCUGGCCGGAACAUGAGGCACAUGCUUGCAUCUGUCAUGCUUCGCCUCCUUGGUAAUCGUGUUGUGUACGAGGAUGCAGACCUAUCAUUCUCUCCAGUGCAAAGUUCUCAAUCUAAGAUGGAGGUUGAGUCUCCAUUGGAAACUGUGUCUGUGGAUUUGUCUGGUGAAAGUCUCUUUGAUCGGCUACUGUUGGUCUUGCACGGUUUGUUAAGUAACAGCCAGCCAAGUUGGUUGAAGCCAAGGUCUCCCUCCAAGUUAAUGAGUGAUUUUUCUAAGGACUCUGCUGGACUUGAUCGUGAGGUGGUGGAGAGUUUACAGAAUGACUUAGAUCGCAUGCAGCUGCCAGGCUCUAUUCGGUGGCGCAUCCAAGCUGCAAUGCCAGUUCUUCCUCCUUCAGUAAGAUGGUCCAUCUCUUGCCAUCUACCAUCUGUUCCUGUUGCUGCUGUUGCUUCACUUCAACCUAGUAUCGCAUAUUCUGGAUUUUACACUGGAAACCCAUCGCAGAAAAGUCCUCUACCUUUGGCACGAAUGACAACAAAUGCGCCAGGGAAGUCCAAGCCAUUGCCAUUGCCAUUGCAACCGGAAAAUGAUAUGGAAAUUGACCCAUGGACUCUUUUGGAAGAUGGCGCAGGAUCAGGUCCAUCUUCAAGCAACUCUGCUGUGAUUGGCAGUGGUGACCAUUCUAAUCUUCGGGCCUCCAGCUGGCUUAAAGGGACUGUAAGGGUCAGGAGGACUGACCUUACUUAUAUUGGUGCUGUAGAUGAUGACAGCUGAUUCAAGUUAACUUUCAUUCUUGAUUUGGCCUGGAGUGAACAAUUCCCUCAACAGGUAACGUUUUUGUUUAUCAUGCAUAUUUGGCAUCAAGGUUCCCCCUUGUUCUUGCCAUACCUGCCUUUGAUGGCAAAGGGUGCUGUUGGGAGGGACAUUCUUAUUGGGGCAUGUGGUCCUUGUGAAGGUAGUGAAAGAAAUAUGCUCUUACACAGCAUGCCCUGCCAGGUCUUGGGCCCACUUGACUACUAACAUUUUGAUCACUGCCUGUCUGGACUGUGUACUCCAGGUGCAGUUCGGAGACUUCUUGUAUAUAUAGAGAGAAUUUUUUAACUUUGCUGAUUCAUCAGGGUCAAAUAUCUUAAGAAUGAUUUGUAGCUGUUUCAUGUGCAUUAAUCUGUUGUUGCAUUCACUGUCUGUCUCUCUGCUCUGUGUCUCUUGAAUGUGUGUGGAUGCACACUGAUGUGAAUGCCAGUAACGGUUCAAUACAUGAAUAUAUGGCAAUGUUCACAGUGGCAUGUGCAGUCCAUUAGUUUAUUAUCUUCUGCGGUAGUUUUAGGGCAUUGUUGAUUUAUCAAAUACCACAUCACCCCCCAACGUGUUGUUUGAUAUUGGCCUACUUCUGUAAUUAAUUGAUAUAUGGGCUAUGGGUCUCAUUGAAAUUAAAAUGAAUUCUACUUUACAACA